CCAGGGACCCCGCAGUCAAGCCGAUCUCGCCCGCCCGACAGUUUUGCUUGCACCAUUUUAAGCCACACCCAAAAUUUUCUUUGCUCCCCGUCCCAUCCUCUUCCCUCCUCAAAGCCCUCACAUCUCCCCCCCCCCUCUUCUCGCUUUGCUCCUGCUCCCGCACAGCUCGAGUCUCGCUCGUCUCUCACUUCCUCGAAUUUCUCUUCUCCUAGAUCACCUUCCGUCACAACCGCCACAAUGUCUUCCGACUACGCCCUGUCUGCGUCUCACAAGGAGAUGCUGGAGAAGUCUCUGGUCGACUCCGACCCCGAGGUCGCCUCCAUCAUGAAGGACGAGAUCCAGCGCCAGCGCGAGUCCAUCGUGCUCAUCGCUUCCGAGAACAUCACCUCGCGGGCUGUCUUCGACGCUCUCGGCUCCCCCAUGUCCAACAAGUACUCCGAGGGCUACCCCGGCGCCCGCUACUACGGCGGCAGCCAGCACAUUGACCAGAUCGAGUCGCUGUGCCAGAAGCGUGCUCUCGAGGCCUUCCACCUCGAUGCCGAGAAGUGGGGUGUCAACGUCCAGUGCCUGUCCGGCAGCCCUGCCAAUCUGCAGGUCUACCAGGCCCUCAUGCCCCCCCACGGCCGUCUCAUGGGCUUGGACCUCCCCCACGGUGGCCACUUGAGCCACGGCUACCAGACUCCUCAGCGGAAGAUCUCUGCCGUCUCCACAUACUUUGAGACCUUCCCCUACCGUGUCAACCUCGAGACUGGCAUCAUCGACUACGACCAGCUCGAGCAGAACGCCGUCCUGUACCGCCCCAAGGUUCUCGUCGCCGGUACCUCGGCCUACUGCCGCCUCAUCGACUACGAGCGCAUGCGCAAGAUUGCGGACCUCGUUGGCGCGUAUUUCGUCGUCGACAUGGCCCACAUCUCCGGCCUCAUCGCCGCCGAGGUCAUCCCCACCCCCUUCAAGUACGCCGACAUCGUCACCACCACGACCCACAAGUCGCUCCGUGGCCCCCGUGGCGCCAUGAUCUUCUUCCGCAAGGGCGUUCGCUCCGUCGAUGCCAAGACGGGCAAGGAGACCCUCUACGAUCUCGAGAACCCCAUCAACUUCUCCGUCUUCCCCGGCCACCAGGGCGGCCCCCACAACCACACCAUCACUGCCCUCGCCGUCGCCCUGAAGCAGGCUCAGUCCCCCGACUACAAGGCCUACCAGCAACAGGUCGUUGCCAACGCCAAGACCCUUGAGAACACCUUCAAGAGCCUCGGCCAAAAGCUCGUCGCCGACGGCACUGACAGCCACAUGGUCCUGAUCGACCUCCGCCAGCACAGUCUCGACGGCGCCCGCGUCGAGGCCGUCCUCGAGCAGAUCAACAUCGCCUGCAACAAGAACUCCAUCCCUGGCGACAAGAGCGCCCUGACCCCUUGCGGCAUCCGCAUCGGAACGCCGGCCAUGACCAGCCGUGGCUUCGGCGAGAAGGACUUUGAGCGCGUCGCCAAGUACAUUGACGAGAGCAUCAAGAUCUGCAAGGAUGUCCAGGGCGCUCUGCCCAAGGAGGCCAACAAGCUCAAGGACUUCAAGGCCAAGGUGGCCAGCGGCGAGGUUUCCCGCAUCAACGAGCUCCGCAAGGAGAUUUCGGCCUGGACCAGCGCCUUCCCCCUCCCUGUUGAGGGCUGGCGCCUCGACGCCGGCCUCUAGGCUGGCGUGGCUGUAUAGCCCGUUGAGGACGAGAGACGGCUGCCAUGAGCCGCCGUAGGCAAAGAGAAAGGACCAAAAAGAGAGGGAUCUCAGCUCUGCAUCCGCUGCAUUUAACAUGGAUGAGGCAAAUGGCGAAUGUUCAACAACUUGCAUUUCAAACGGCUGGCGUUCUUCUUUGUUUUGGUGAGGGAACCCUUUGGUCAAGAGGAAAGGGAAAGACUUGGAGUUUCUACAAGAGGAUCAUGUUUUGCCAUGGGUCAAGCCGAUAAAUACCUAUCUGUUUGUUUUAGGUGUCCAUCGCGCACCAUCUGUCCAUAGCUGAGGCGCUCAACGCUCCGAACUGGACACAUCGGCCAGCCUGCUUCAACAAGUUUGGCUGGGCCACCAAUAUCACGAUAUUCAUUCACCCAG